CCUCGGGCACCCCUUCACCUCAUUCUCCCUUUCUUUGCACCACCUCCAUUCUGGUGUUCACAUUAUCCCGUCAGCCCUACAGAGCAUCCCCGCCUGCUCAGCCCCACUUUACUACUCCUGACCUCCUUUUUGUUACCCCCACAUUAUAAACCAGCACCCCUUUUUCUCUGCCCCACAUUGCUAUACUAGGCCCCGCAUUAUUUCCUCCACCUCACCCCUCUUUCCUGGUCCCACAUCACUACCUCAGUUCCUCCAUUGCCUUGAUCCCACGCUGCAGCCCAGGUAGCCUUGUAAGACCCCCUCCCCCCACGACCCUCCAUUCUAAUUCACCUCAGACCCCUCCCUUUAGCCUUUGUUGCCGGCCCCACUCACAAAUCAUACCCUUUCACGAUUUCUUAAUUACUUUUCUCCAUUACCUGCAACCAACACUCCGAUGGUGUCUCUCAUUAUUAUUCUGAACCCUGGCUCAUUACUCCGUCCUUCAGCCCAGGGUUCUGUCCCCAUCCUCACUCUGACCAUCUGGCAUCCCGUCCCUUUCCUCUGUCCCCCACCUGCCCACUCCCCCUCUGUUGCUGACUCUGCCCUUUCUUUUCCCCACCGUUGCUCUCUUUCUGCCUGGGGGGCUGCCCCCUCAGGUUGCCAGAUCAUACACCCGCCCUGGGAAGGCGGCAUCAGGUACCGGGGCCUGACCCGAGACCAGGUGAAGGCUAUCAACUUUCUGCCGGUGGACUAUGAGAUUGAGUACGUGUGCCGGGGGGAGCGCGAGGUGGUGGGCCCCAAGGUCCGCAAGUGCCUGGCCAACGGCUCCUGGACAGACAUGGACACACCCAGCCGUUGUGUCCGAAUCUGCUCCAAGUCUUAUUUGACCCUGGAAAAUGGGAAGGUUUUCCUGACGGGUGGGGACCUCCCCGCUCUGGACGGAGCCCGGGUGGAUUUCCGAUGUGACUCCGACUUCCAUCUGGUGGGCAGCUCCCGGAGCAUCUGUAGUCAGGGCCAGUGGAGCACCCCCAAGCCCCACUGCCAGGUGAACCGAACGCCGCACUCAGAACGGCGCGCAGUGUACAUCGGGGCGCUGUUUCCAAUGAGCGGGGGCUGGCCAGGGGGCCAGGCCUGCCAGCCCGCGGUGGAGAUGGCGCUGGAGGACGUGAAUAGCCGCAGGGACAUCCUGCCCGACUACGAGCUCAAGCUCAUCCACCACGACAGCAAGUGUGAUCCUGGCCAAGCCACCAAGUACCUGUACGAGCUGCUCUACAAUGACCCCAUCAAGAUCAUCCUCAUGCCCGGCUGCAGCUCUGUCUCCACGCUUGUGGCCGAGGCCGCCAGAAUGUGGAACCUCAUCGUGCUUUCCUAUGGCUCCAGCUCACCUGCUCUGUCAAACCGGCAACGUUUUCCUACAUUCUUUCGAACUCAUCCAUCAGCCACACUGCACAAUCCUACCCGUGUGAAACUGUUUGAAAAGUGGGGCUGGAAGAAGAUCGCCACCAUCCAGCAGACCACUGAGGUCUUCACUUCGACUCUGGAUGACCUGGAGGAGCGAGUGAAGGAGGCCGGGAUUGAGAUUACUUUCCGGCAGAGUUUCUUCUCAGAUCCAGCUGUGCCUGUCAAAAACCUUAAGCGCCAGGAUGCCCGAAUCAUCGUGGGACUUUUCUAUGAGACGGAAGCCCGGAAAGUUUUUUGUGAGGUGUACAAGGAGCGUCUCUUCGGGAAGAAGUACGUCUGGUUCCUCAUUGGGUGGUAUGCCGACAACUGGUUCAAGAUCUAUGACCCGUCCAUCAACUGCACGGUGGACGAGAUGACUGAGGCGGUGGAGGGCCACAUCACCACUGAGAUUGUCAUGCUGAACCCUGCCAACACACGCAGCAUUUCCAACAUGACAUCACAGGAGUUUGUGGAGAAGCUGACCAAACGACUAAAAAGACACCCUGAGGAAACAGGGGGCUUCCAGGAGGCACCGCUGGCCUAUGAUGCCAUCUGGGCCUUGGCAUUGGCUCUGAACAAGACAUCUGGAGGGGGUGGCCAUUCAGGCGUGCGCCUGGAAGACUUCAAUUACAACAACCAGACCAUCACUGACCAGAUAUACAGGGCAAUGAACUCCUCGUCCUUUGAGGGGGUCUCCGGCCAUGUGGUGUUUGAUGCUAGCGGCUCCCGGAUGGCGUGGACACUGAUCGAGCAGCUCCAGGGUGGCAGCUACAAGAAGAUUGGCUACUAUGACAGCACCAAGGAUGAUCUUUCCUGGUCCAAAACAGAUAAAUGGAUUGGAGGGUCUCCCCCAGCUGACCAGACCAUGGUCAUCAAGACGUUCCGUUUCCUGUCACAGAAACUCUUUAUCUCCGUCUCGGUUCUCUCCAGCCUGGGCAUUGUCUUAGCUGUUGUCUGUCUGUCCUUUAACAUCUACAACUCCCAUGUCCGUUACAUCCAGAACUCGCAGCCCAACCUGAACAACCUGACUGCUGUGGGCUGCUCACUGGCUCUGGCUGCUGUCUUCCCCCUCGGACUGGACGGCCACCACAUCGGGAGAAACCAGUUCCCCUUCGUCUGUCAGGCCCGCCUCUGGCUCCUGGGUUUGGGCUUUAGUCUGGGCUACGGCUCCAUGUUUACCAAGAUCUGGUGGGUCCACACGGUCUUCACAAAGAAGGAGGAAAAAAAGGAGUGGAGAAAGACCCUGGAGCCCUGGAAGCUGUAUGCCACUGUGGGCCUGCUGGUGGGCAUGGAUAUCCUGACUCUUGCUAUCUGGCAGAUUGUGGAUCCCUUGCACCGGACCAUUGAGACUUUUGCCAAGGAGGAACCAAAGGAAGAUAUCGACGUGUCUAUUCUGCCUCAACUGGAGCACUGCAGCUCCAAGAAGAUGAAUACGUGGCUUGGCAUUUUCUAUGGAUACAAGGGGCUGCUGCUACUGCUGGGCAUCUUUCUUGCUUAUGAGACCAAGAGUGUGUCCACUGAGAAGAUUAAUGACCACCGGGCUGUGGGCAUGGCCAUCUACAACGUGGCGGUCCUGUGCCUCAUCACUGCCCCGGUCACCAUGAUCCUGUCCAGCCAGCAGGACGCGGCCUUUGCCUUUGCCUCUCUCGCCAUAGUUUUCUCCUCCUACAUCACUCUGGUUGUGCUCUUUGUGCCCAAGAUGCGCAGGCUGAUCACCCGAGGGGAAUGGCAGUCUGAGGCACAGGACACUAUGAAGACAGGGUCAUCAACCAACAACAACGAGGAGGAGAAGUCCCGGCUGUUGGAAAAGGAGAACCGAGAAUUGGAGAAGAUCAUUGCUGAGAAAGAAGAGCGUGUCUCUGAAUUGCGCCAUCAGCUCCAGUCUCGGCAGCAGCUCCGUUCGCGGCGUCACCCUCCGACACCCCCAGACCCCUCCGGGAGUCUGCCUAGGGGGCCUCCAGAGCCUCCUGACCGGCUUAGCUGUGAUGGGAGUCGAGUCCAUUUGCUGUACAAGUGAGGGAGUUGUGAGGGAGGACAGGCCAGUCAAGGGAGAAGGGGAGGGGGUGGGGAGCCAGCAGAGGACCCAUGUUCCGGUGGGAGGAACAUGUUACCCCAACCCACCUCUUGUAAAUACAGACCCCUCUGUGAGUCCUGGGGUUAUCCGGGCCUCUAGAACGCUGGGAAACAGACUGUGUUCUCUCUUCCUCCUCCAUAUAAUGUUAUAUCACUACUUCCUAUUUAGUUUGUACCUCGCUUGAAGCAUCUCAGUGACUCGCUGCAUAUGUCCUCUCUUGUGAAACACCGCCUGCAUGUUGCCAUGGCACCCCCAGCUCCCUCUGCCUUUGUGUUCUGUUUUCAUCCAGCAGGGGCCUCCCCAAAGUGCUCUUUCUGUCCCAACAGGUACUUCUCCAUUUCUCUCGCCAUCAUAUUCUCCUUUCAUCCCACUUGCCCCUCAACACAUCCCCAACUUUUGUCUCCCUUACAUUUUGCUUCUUUGGGCCUUCUUCUUGCCAGUGUUCACACAUGCCUCGCCUCUGCUCUGUGUUACGCUGCCCCCACACCAUGGCCUCCCCUCCCCUGCAUGUUCUCAUGGCACCUGCUCAAGUUCAUGCUCGCUUCCCACAUGUGCCUUCUGCACCUCCCUAUGGCCACAUGUGUUCCCUUCACUCAUAGCUGAGGGUGCCCUCUCGCCCAGUCAUGCGUGUGCCCUGGCACGCUUGAGCAGGUGUGUGCCCUGUUUCUGGCGUGCUGAGUUUCGUCUUUCCCAAUUGCCUGAUUCAUAUUUCACCCAUUCAUUUCCCCUGUGUGCUCUCACGGGUCCAUCUGUACCUUCUUUUUGCACCUUAAACUCAUUGUGCUCGUCCAUCAGAGCCGUAGGUGUCCACCCUGCACAUUGUUAAGCACUUUUCCCCCCUUAAUGUCCAUGGGGCCAGUCACCCCCUCUCUUGGCAUACUUGGUUUCUGCUAGAACUUUCCCCACUCUCCUUUGCACUCAUGAGCCACCCUCAGUCCACUCAUAGUCACCCUGUGCCAAGAUUGUCUCCUUUGCUUUUUUGUUUUUUUUCUGAGGGGAUUAAGGAAGAAAUGGGGACAGGUUUGGGGAACUGCUUCUAGUAGACGGUGAGAAUCCUGGCCGAACGAAGGCACUCCUCACUAUUGAGAUGGACAAACGGACCUAUGGGGCCGGGGGCAUCCCUUUCACAAUGUAGUGUCUCUUGGGGAAGGAUCUUUUCAAAUCUCAAUAAAUCAGUGAACAGUGUGACUCAGCACCUGGUCCCAUACUGUGAACGCAGCGGGUUGAGUCGGAGAAGGGAGACGUGGAGGUCUCCAUGUUAAAAUACGUUGAAGUGGAGGGGUGGG